UGAGAAAAUAUUUCCAUCCUCACUUCACCCACUGUGACUGUGAAGAACGAGGAAACAGAGUGAGGACCGAACAAACCACAGAGACGUGCAGCAGUUAAACUGAAGUCACAACGUCUCCGACCGGCCGCUGGACAACAGCCAACAAUGAGGUACACGUUCAAACCGGACGACUGCAUGGUCAUCACCAUCCCUCUCACUAGUGUCAGGAACGCAGCAGAGGGACAGCUCAUGCCUGACAAAUUCAGCUGCAGGUUCAAGGACAACUAUAAAGUGUAUCAGCGCGGCUGGCCUAAAGCACUCGGGGUAGCUCAGAUCGCCACUGCAGUCUUUGUCCUGUGUUUGGGAGGAAUCAAAAUCAGCUUCGAUCAUUAUUAUACUUUGACUUAUAUUUUCAUGAUUUCAAGCAUCCUGUUCAUUGUUUCUGGCAGUCUUGCGGUCGCCGCUGCACACACUCCCUCAAUGCCCUUGAUGAAGGUGUCGUUUGUCUUCAACAUCAUCAGCUUGGCAAUUAUCCAGACCGUUUUUGCAUGUUUGGCAAUUAAUGUUGAAUAUUACGGCUUUUCUGGUUCUCCUCAGAGUGGAAUAUUGAAUGGUUUAAGGUGGAUGAUGUUAGUGUUGUUCCUCCUUGAGUUUCUCCUCUCUGUGAUCCUGAUCCACUGGGAGAGUAAAGCGUUGUGUCGAACUCAUUUCAACAGCCUGCCCAUGAUCACACUGAAGCAGGACAUGUGAGCUGUGAUGGACUUCAUAAGGCAAAUGUUUUGUGACUGUUAACCUCAGAUGAGUUUAGUUAUAAUAAACUAUAUAAUAAACUAUAUAAUAAACUAUUCCACUUACUUUUUCUUGUUUUUUUGAGGAUCUGCUGGUUAAUAAGCCGUUGUGUUUGCAGGUUAAAGUAAAACAUUGUAUAUCUGAAUUUAAGUGUGAACUAAAAUAUCCUUAUAAACUUUAUGUCAUUUUAGAUUUUAUCUUUUUUAUCAUGCUCAUGUUUGUAUGGCUUUGAGAAUUAAACUGCACGUUGACUUCA